CAAUCACAACAUCAGUUUGCAACCUAGCGUCGUUCAGACCGGACGUGCCUCCAGAAUCUCCACCAGAAUAGCAGCCUGUAGUAGGUAUGCACCCCCGCGAUGAGCUGAAACCGAUCGCCAGGGAGGACUGGCCGGCGCUUCGGGACAUGUUCAAGACGGAGUGGCCCAAACACGAAAUCGGAUACAACACCAUCCAGAACUACAUCAACUGGGUGGCGAUCGAUCCGAAGAUUAAGAACUUGGAGGUGCUCGGGUUGAACGACGGCUGGCGAGAGAACGGGACGUACAUCGUUGUGGACCGGUUCCAUAUCUAUAUGCAUAGUUUGGACGAUUCCGGGGAUUCGUUGAAACGAGCCUUGAUGCUGCUCGAUUGGGACUACAGCUAUAUGAUCGUGAGCGCACAGGAGUCCAAGCGAACGGUGAUCCAGGAAGUGCUUCGAUUGUGCAAUGUGGAUACUCUGUGGGAAGUGACUAGUAGCAUGAAGUAUGAAUUGCCUAUGGAGGACUGUUUGAAACUGGAAUUGUCACUGCCGGAGGGGUUAGAACUGAAAAAACUUGGCAUUGAACAUGCUGUAACCGCCAACGAAGUUUGGCCAUGGAGACACGAAGGCUCGGAGUAUUUCAUGAAGCGACUGGCAGCGUGGAAUACCUCCAUAGGUCUGUUCAACGAAUCUGGAGAAAUGCUAGCGUGGAGCUUUGUGUGGCCGACUGGAGCAAUCGGACCGCUGGAAGUGGCGAAAAAUCAUCUUCGCAAAGGGUACGGCACAAUCAUUGCGAAAGCGAUUGCCAAGGAGGUGGCAAAAGUUGGAAUGAAUUGCUACGGAACGAUAGUCAGUGGCAAUGAUGCAUCCGAGGCCAUGUUCAGCAAGCUUGGCUUCAAACGGGUAGAGGAUACGUAUUAUGUUCGAACUCGGGCAAAGAAGCUGGUGGAGUACGAUCAUUGAAACAACUGUGAAAUAUUUUUAUUGUUGCUGUCCAAAUUUACAUGAAAUGUAUGGGGCAUUACCUCAUUCUCAGUAUGAAAAAAUAAACUAAUAGUAGUUACAUUAGAA